UAACGUUUAGGUGACUCUUUUUCAAUGUAAUCAGAGCAGAACGCUGUAGUAACGGUACGGUGUUAUUGUUCAGACUACAAUACAGGGAUUCUACAGCUUAAAGAAAGCACACAGUCUUAGCUAUAUUACUGGGUUGCAUGAAUAGGGCACAUAGCCGUUACGUAUAUAAUACGUAUCAAUAAGUUUGUAUAGGCCUUUUUAUCUAUAAACUGUUCAAACAGUGCUACUUACUGUUCCCUACAACAUAAUGUAAAGUUUAGUAUAUUAUUGUGGGGUAAGAUGAGAUAACACCUAAAUUUCUAAUUUACUGUUUUUGUUUUGAACAUUUAACAACGCUCUUUUAGAAUAGCUUGGUUGCGGUCAUAUUGUUCUGUAUAAAAAUUCUUUGUUAACUACCAAAUUGGAAAAGAAAGGGAGCAAAAAAUGUUAAGAUGUAAAUUACCGCCUGGGUGAAACAAAAAUAAGAUGGUACAUUUGCCGGCUUGUUUUAAUAAAGUCCUAAACUUUGUUAUUCGAUGGUUCGACGUUUGGUUUAUGAUUUACCUCUUCGUCUAUCUUGCGAACUACCGGAUAUACUUCAGCAGUAUAAAGCAUUACCCUGAUAAUAAAACACCGUGGUGGAAGUGGCCUCAAUAUAAUGAUUGGUCGAUUGAUGGGCGUAUGCCGAACUAUGAAGAAAACGUGCAAGCCACUAAAGAUGACCGUUUGUACCCCAUGGAAACAACAGCUCUGAGCAACAAAGAGAAAUUAAAAGAAAUUGUUGAUCAGAAAGUUUUGGAAAAAAAAUUUAUUCUGCUGGACGAUCCGGCAAUACAAGCGUUUAUUGGGGGUAACGAAUCGGGAAUGUUUCUCGAUACAGAAAAAUGCGGGAAUUGUGAAGUUAAUUAUAACACAAGCCGACGGAGCGAAGCAGCAGCAGUUGUUUAUCAUUUCAGUGGAAUGCGGAAAAAACAGCCCAUGCGACCGCGAAGUUCUACAAACCAACUUUAUGUUUGGACGAACCAAGAAUCGCCACAAACUAUGUAUAACAAUGAUAUCGGUCAUCUCAAAUAUUUCGACAAAGAAUUUAACAUGACUAUGACGUACAGAAGAGACUCAGACGUUUACUUUCCGUAUUCAACUUUAUGGGAAGUUAACCAAGCUAUACAGAAAAACCAACAACUUAAAAACGUUGAUCUCUUGCUUGCAAGCAAAACGAAGUUAAUUGCUUGGGCUGCCGGCAAUUGCAUGUACACAAAAGGUGCUGGAUUUCGAUUACAAAUGAUGUUACAGCUGUUAGAAGCAGGACUUCCAGUUGAAAUAUUCGGCGGUUGUUUGGGGCAUCGUUUGCCAGGCGGAUGGACGGACCUUCCUGAAGUCUUAUCGGAAUAUAAGUUUUAUUUUUCGUUGGAGAAUUCAUAUCAUUGCAGGGACUAUAUGACGGAAAAGAUUUGGUGGAAUGCACUUCGUUCAGGAGUAGUACCUGUAAUCUGGGGCCCCCUUCGUUCAGAUGUGGAAACACUUCUUCCUGUAGGGUCCUUUAUAUUUGUAGAAGACUACUCCUCACCCAAAGCAUUGGUGAAGCAUAUUCUAUACCUCGAACGACACACCAGCGAAUAUAUUAAGUACUUUCAAUGGAGAAACCAGCCGCCUCCAACUUUAAAGCGCAAAAGAGGCGACAUAUUAAAUUAUGACGUCACAGGAUUUUGCCAGUUGUGCUAUAUGCUGCAUCAUGAUGACGCGGUGGAAAAAGAAACCGGUAGACGGCCGACUAGAAUAGUAAACUCGUUAUUUGAUUGGUGGUUUCUUGAAGAAACUAAAGAAUGUCUAGCACCAAGGCGGUUCAGCGAAAUUGUACAUGCUAUUGUUACUAAAAUGUUGAUACACAAGGAAUAUUAUUAUAAGUUCCUUACGUACCAAAGAUUUUACACUGUGCUGUUUGUGUUGCUGUUAUUCGUACUUGGCUGGCGAAGGUAUAAAAAGUUUAAGCGUUCGUCUCCAAACCAGCAUGUUGUAUCACGUGAUUUUAAACGCACUGUGUAAAGUUAUGGCAUUUGUAAACGCGCCUUUUUAUAUAUAUAUUUUUUUUAUGUGGCCUUGUAAAGCUUAUAUACGCGGCUAAAU